ACUGCAAAUGGUGGGUACUCGUCCUGCCUUCCAGACGGAAAGUGAGAAUCAAUGUCCUCAACGAUUGCCAAAUCUGUCGCGAUGGGCUCAUCUACAUCUCGAGUAUCGUGCUGGUGGUGAUUGGACUGGUAAAGUUUUUCGCGAGGAGCUACAUCAACAUCAGUGCCGCCAUAUUUUCGAGUGGAUCCUCAUCCUUGGCACAUUCUUCCUUGCUCUCACUUUAUCCCCAAAGAAUGGUAAAACAUCUACCAGGAUCCAACAGGGAUAAGGUGUUCAGCGCUUCUAUGACGGCACAGUCUCGAAACAGCGAAGACCAGCAGCGACACGAACUAGCCGCAAAGCUCCCAAACUCACAGACCCAGAAGAUUGAAUUCCCCAAUGCACGCGUCCAGAGCCGAGGAGAAAAUGAUCUUGAAGAAUAGGAGGAUACGAGAACUAGAAUCUUCGAAUUCUGACC